UCCACAUGACGCCAUUUACAGCAUAAACCCGACCUCCUCUCCGGAAAGAAGAAAAAAACAAGACGAGAAAGAAAAACUUGAAAGCAGCGCAGUGUGCGAUGCAGCCAAACAUCCAACAACCACAGCGACGGGGUUUGAGAACUCUCCAGGUUACAUGCGUGCUCGCUCGCUCGCUACAUUUGAUGAUGAUAAACUUGUAAAAGAAGCGCCGUGGCUCGCGAAAGUAUCUUUGGUGGGAUUUUGUUACUUGUUUUUUUUGCACCUAAAUAAGUUCGUCGGCGGCGAACACUCCGAUUGAUUACUUGUUGGCUGCUGUUGGUCGCGUGUUCAUGUGGAUUGGAAUGCGCUUUCGUGCGCUUUUUAUGCGUAAAAAUCGAAGUGAUUUUGGACAUAUAUGUGGAACCAUAUCGCUGAAUUGGAUUUUGUGGAUGUGCUACCAGAUGGACUAAGAUCCAGCGUUGGAAGAAAGUUUACUAAUUCUGGAUAUUAUUAUUCCAAAACAAAAACGGAGGCUGUACUGGUGAAAACACGGUCUGCAGAUGUGUUCCCCGCCUGACGGAGCGAGCCCUCAGCAGAGAACCGAUGGAGACGAGAACUCAAAAUGGCGGCGUGGGCGGCGGCAGCAGCAGCAUGUCCGGAGGCUUGCUGCUGCGCGCUCUGCGUGACGGCGGCGGCGGAAGCAGCAGUAGUGGCGGCGGCGGCCGGCCCCAGGCGCCAGCGGGGGAACCGGGCGAGAUCCCCCCCCUCCUCCGUGAGCCGCCCGUGCUCUCCCUGGACCAGAUCCGCAGCGUGCGCACCAGCAAUGAGUACACCGAGGGCCCCACCGUGGCCCCUCCGCCCAGGCCCCUCUCCUCGCAGGGGAAGCCUGGGGACCCCGCGCCAGGCCUGGGCGUCACGACCCAGAGCCUCCCCCUGACCCUGGAUGAAACCAUCCUGGACCAGCAGUGGGUCCCCCAGCGGGCGUCCACGUACCCCCAGCCCACCACGACAACGCACUUGGUGCCCGGCCGGGACGCCCCGAGCCGACUGGCCGGCGGCGGCGACAGCUCCCGUCUGUCCCCGGCCAGCGCGCGGACUAGCACCGGCAGCUCCUCGUCCGAGCAGCGGCUGCUGGCCGGCUCCUCGCCCGUCACCCCGGACCGCGUGGUGCGGGCGCAGCCGGCCAAGCGCUCGGACGCCAAGUCCGACGACCUGAAGCCCCUGGCGGCGGGCGGCCGAGGAGGAGGAGGCGGCGGCGGUGUAGGAGGAGGAGGUGGUGGCGGCGGAGGAGGAGGUGGAGGAGGAGGAGGAGGAGGAGGAGAGGGCGAGGGCCUGAGCAAGCAGCACGCCUACCUCUGCGAGGACUGCGGGCGCUGCGUGUGCAAAGAGUGCGCGCUGCCGCGCCGCCUGCCCACCCACUGGCUGUGCGGCCGCCGGUGCCUGUGCUCGGCCGAGAGCGCCGUGGAGUACGGCACGUGCGUGUGCUGCGUCAAGGGCCUCUUCUAUCACUGCUCCACCGACGACGAGGACACGUGCGCCGACAAGCCCUUCUCGUGCCGCCAGGCGCACUGCUGCGCCCGCUGGUCGGCCCUGGGCGCCCUCACGCUCCUGCUGCCCUGCCUGCUGUGCUACCUCCCGGCCAGGGGCUGCCUGGCGCUCUGCCAGGCCUGCUACGACCGCGCCACGCGGCCCGGCUGCCGCUGCAAGAGCGCCAACGUCGUCCACUGCAAGAACAUUGACAAGCCCACGUAGAGGCCUUUAAGCAGAAGGGGGAGAGAGAGAAAGAAAGGUUUUUAUGGUUUAACGUCAUGCGGCGGGU